AUGCCCACCUCUUAUUCCGCCUACACGGCCCUCGAAUCGCUCCUGCUCUUCCAAGGCCUGAGGGCCGAUGGCGUCCAUCCUAGCAGCUUCAACAAAAUCUCCGACCAACUGAAAAGCAUCAGCCUGAUCAGCAACGAGCCCAGCUUCGACAGCGGUCGUCUGAGUCCAGAUGCUUUGCGCGAGUUGUAUCUGGACCUGCUCAAGGAGGAAGUCAAGGAAGAUUUGGAGCGACAGGUGAAUGGCGACAACCAUCUCACCAAUGGCGACGUUUCGCCCGGCUCGCGAAAACGCAAGGCUCCCAGUCCCAGCCUACCGACCGUGAAAGAGGCGGCCAAACAUUCACAUUUGAUCCCACAACUGGUCACACGACUGUACACGCGCUAUCGCAACCAUGUCGUCCAGAAGCUACGCGCACACGAGGCCAAAUACGCCGAGGUCAAACAACAGAAGGAGGAGAUUGAUGCGCGCAAAUGGGAUGAAUCGCUACUUCGAAAAGGGACGCCGACUCAGACCCAAAGUCCAAAGCCCUCGCCGAAGCCUUCGUCCAGUGCACAUACGCAGCCUGACCUAGCUCGUCAGAAUCAGGCUCAGGCAGGGACUCCUUCAGCGGCGACUCCGCCUGUCCAGCAGAAGCAGCCGCAGAACGAUGGCGAAGCAAAUGCGAAGAGGUAUUCGCAGGCCAAAAUUGAAUCGGUCAUGAACCAUGAACCACAGGACAGUCCGGGCGGUCACCGCAGAGCUUCUUCCAACACCACGCUCCCUCCGUUGUCUGAGAUGGCGCCCCAGUCACCGCGUUUUGGCAUCCCUCCAAAGAUCCCCGGUCCAGGCCAUCCUCACCCGCCAAUGCAGCAGAUGCCUCACGGCGCGUACACCCAUUCUCCUCCAGCUGGACAGCAGUCUCCGUAUCCACCUCAACAUGCGCAUCCAAGGUCUACGUCCGUGUCGAGCCCACAAGUGCAGCAGUCACUCUCGCGACCUUCAUCUUCGCCACGGCCGAUACUUCCUCCGCCAAAGGGCAUGCAAUUAGCGCCCGUGCCACACACUGGUUCGCCCAGCAUGCAAGGUAGUCCUAUGCAUCCUCAGCAACAUCAUUCAUCCCCUCAGCAGCAGCAUUAUCAACACCCGCCGCAGCAUCGCAUGCCAUCUGGACCAUCGCCAACAGGAGAGGGACCGCCCAGAGGAUAUCCCACUACACCGUUGGCUCCUCAUCCAGGAGGGUACUACCAGCAACAACCACCGCCGCAAUACAUGGAUCGCCGAACGUCGUAUCCACUUCAGCAGAUGCCACAUGGUCAGCCGUAUCCAAACCAGCAGCCCCCACCACACCAAGGAGGCUACAUGUUGCCGCCAUUUCAGGUUGCCUCCCAGGACCCAACGAAGCCCCUGCAGGCCAUUCGACCACAGCAGAUGCCACCGCACGCACAGAGGCCUCCACAGUACUUCCCGCAUGGUCACAAUGGUCCAGCGACUGCACCCAGGCCUCAGCUCCCACCACGUUUGGUGUCGGACGUUGUAUCAGCUCUUGCGACACCGCCACGUCCUAGACUCAAGCCGCUGUGGAAGAGCGAGUACCGCCCUUCGCCACUUGUGGUGCCAGACCCUAAGCCUCGACCUGACAUUGAACCUUUGAGCCCCACAUUGGAACGCGCAAAGUCACCCACCCGUUCAACACGCACGACACGUGGCCGUGAUGCUCCGACGAUCGAGGAACCACUGCAGGCAGAACCCGCCUCGAAGACAAGGUCGAGGAAGCGUCGCACGAAUGCUCGAGACAAAAGCCCCCAUAGUGUGGUGUCUUCCACUGCCGACGAGUCCAUGCGUACCGCGACACGCAGCCAGUCCGUCAGCACAGUCGCCGGCAUGCACCCACCCUCAGACGAUCGGCCUAGCAGCAGAGGGGGUGUCAAAGCAGAGCCUUCAACGCCUGCCAACAUCCUUGACGAUGCGGAGCCUACGCCUACAGCUUCUGCAACUCCAGCAACUGGCGUCUUGACUCGGAAGCGACGAGGAACUCUACAGUCUCAAGCUCAACCUCCAGCCAAGCGCAAGCGGCAAGAAUCUCCAGCCGCCGAGGCAGAGGAUCCGCAGAUGUCGACUCCACCACCAAGGAGCACCACUGUAACGGCUACUCGCAAUUUUGCCAAGAUAUCGUCUGCAGUCAUGAAUGAUAUCGCGAGUCAUAAGCACGGGACUUACUUCGCGAAGGAGGUGCGUGAGAAGGAUGCUCCUGGAUACAGUGACAUCGUCAAGCAACCUCAGAAUCUCAAGUCAAUCCGCAGUGCCAUCACGGCCGGUGCUCGUGCGAUUGCAGCGGCUUCAACGGCCGAAUCACCAUCUGCCACGCCAUCUGCUUCGUCUACGACGGUCGAGCUGGAGCGGAGUGUGGACCUAAUACCUCCCAAGGCAAUUGUGAACAGCGCACAGCUGGAGAAGGAGCUCAUGCGGAUGUUUGCCAACGCGUACAUGUUCAACCCUGGCGAAGACGGAAUGGCACUCUCUACUAAAGAGAUGUUUCAGGACGUCGAGCAGACCAUCAGCAACUGGCGUGGUACGAACCGCGAAGUUGCAGGGGACGAAGACGAGGAGGGUAAGGGAAAGCGGAGGAAGGGGUAA